GGGAAGCCUGUGAUUGGGGAAAUUGAGCGCUCGUGUCGGAGCCAGCUUCCUGAGAGAGAAACUAGAUCCAGGAAAGGGGCGAGUGGAUUUUAAUCCACUCUUGUCAAGAAGAGAUGGAUUUCUGGCACUUGUGAACUUUGGAGGGGAUGUACUGCAUGUGUAAGAGACAUUAACAGCUCCUGUUUGGCAUCAGGGGACGGAUGUGUCUAAAAUCCGCCGCUCAUCUCCAACGCUGUCUGAUGUGGAUCUGCGUCUCAGAGGUGGGACAUCCUUGAAGAGUGAGCCAAAUCAUUAAGAUGGAAGGAGGAGACGAAUGAUUUAGGAGGCAUAAGAAACAACUCAGCAAGGUGAACCUCAAAGACAUCUGUUCUACCUGGCUACACCUGGGAAAAUGACUCCCUUCAGAAAGGAUUAAAGGAGUAACCUGUGAUGUCAGACUUCACCCGGGGCGGUCGUCUGAGACUCUGCUGAGUAGUUGUGGUUUUGCCAGAGGGGGGGCGGCUCUGUUUCCAGGUGUGGAAACCACACCAGACUUGACUCACCUGACAUCAUCGCUCCUCUGUUUAGCUCGGCCCCUUAACUCAUUUUCUCACCUUAUCUCCCUCUCAGUAAUCCCCACUCCCAAACCCACCACAGCACCUCUCUUUUUUCUCCCCAUGGAGCCACUCGAGAGGUGAGAGAAGGGACACUGAUUAAUGUGACUCCCAGCAGCCUGGGUCUGACUCCCCGCUACUAGAAAUAGAAAGAAGAAGAAGCAGCGUUCAUCACAGAAAAAAGCACCAUGUGGAAUCAGUCUGGAUACUGCAAUCACAUCCCUCACGCUGGAUAUCCCUUCUACCAUGCACCCUGCAGUCAUAACCAGAGGACCAACACGUUUCGCCAUCCUGUGAGCGGACAGAUAUCUCCAGAGAACCUGGAUUUCAUCCUCCACGAACAGCCGCAGGGUGCUCGUAUGAUGUCCAAACUCACAGUUGAGCAGCUGUCCAGCACCACCGUCAGCGAAGCCUCUACUGCCAUCACCUCGUCUACUGUGGACACCACACCUGCCUCCAAGGGCUCCCGCUCCAGUGGCAAGGUGCACAGCUUCGGUAAAAGAGAUCAAGCCAUUAAAAGGAAUCCAAAUGUUCCCGUGGUGGUGCGAGGAUGGCUCUACAAACAGGACAGCUCUGGGAUGCGUCUUUGGAAGAGGAAGUGGUUCGUCUUGGCUGAUUUCUGUCUGUUCUACUACAAAGACAGCAGAGAGGAGUCAGUCCUCGGCAGUAUCCCUCUGCCAAGCUAUGUCAUUUCACCCGUGGGACCUGAGGACCACAUCAGCCGCAAAUAUGCCUUUAAGGCUAGCCACACUGGUAUGCGCUCGUACAUUUACAAGCAGAGCUCUGUGAUUGGCUCGCAGGCGGAGCACACGGGGAUGCGGACGUAUUACUUCAGCGCUGACACCCAGGAGGACAUGAACACCUGGCUGAGGGCCAUGAACCAGGCCACGCUGAUUGAGAACCACACGGAUGCUCUCAUCAGACCAUCUGAAAAGCUGCACACGAUGCAGCAGCACGCUGUCCCACAGACAAACCACAUAAACCACCACAAGUCCAAAGCCUUGGACUCUGACGCCAUCAGGCCCAUCGUCCACGAGGUUCUGUUAGAGCCCAUACACCGCGAUGCAGACGACCGCUGCAGCUUCCACAAAGACUCUCCAGGCAACACCAUGUUAGGAAGCACAGCCCUGGAAAUGGACACUCACACCUCCCUCCCUUCUAACCCCGCCCCCUCAUCCAUCCCGCAGCCAGACCACGUGUCGGCUUCGGCGCCCGUGUCCAGGGUUCCAUCCAGGGCGCCGUCACGAGCCGCCUCCACACUGCCUUCCAGUGUCUGCACAAGGAACGGCCUCGUGUCCACGCCCAGCCCCAUCCUGGAGCCCAACGGGAUAGCAGCGGGAACGUACCAGAGGGCCCCGCCUGCACCCUCUGCGGACACACACAAGCAGAUGCACAGGAGGAGCACUCUGGAGCAGGUGGAGCAGUGGGUCCAGGUCCAGAAGGCUGAGCACAGAGGCCCUCCAUCCAGAGACAACACCCUCCCUCGUCGGACACCGCCCACCCAGCACAAAUUCACCUCCACGGACUCCUACCAGACGCUGCCAAAGACCCCUCGUCAGAGCCCGCUCCCCUCCCGACUCGGCGAGUACAAGUACGCCCAGGACCGCCUCAGCCACUUCCGCCUCACCCCCGAGCAGGGCGGCACGGGGUCCAACACCGUUUGGCAGCUGUACGAGUGGCAGCAGCGGCAUCAGUUCCGUCACGGCAGUCCCACGGCGCCACUCUACACUCCUGCCCCGGAUUACCCGUUCGGCCCGCGCCCGCCAUCCACCGUGCCCCCUUCCUCGUCUGCGCCAAAGUCUGAGGGGCUGACCAGGUGUGUGUCGGUGCCACCUUCAGCUGCAGACAUCCCUCCACCUGGUCCUCCACCUGGGAUGAGCAGAACCCUCUCGCCCACACGUAGGCCGCACACGCCGGCUGAGCGGGUGACAGUCAGACCCAUGGGUGAUCGGUCAGUGGUGGACAUCCCCUUCACCAUCUCCCCCCGCAGGAGUAAAUCUCAGAUGCUCAAGGCUUCCACUAUUGAGAGACGGUCGAUGCCUCCAUCUGGAUACAUGACACACACAGUCAGUGCACCCAGUCUCCACGGCAAAACGCCCGAGGAGCUAACCCUGUUCCUCAUUCAGCUGCGCCGGCAUCAGGCCAAGAUGGCCUCGGCUCGUGAGCACACCUUAGCUCAGCUCCAGCGGCUCAACGGCCCCAAAGAUCCCCUCCACCACAACCACCUCCUCUCUGCUAGCACCACCUCUAGCACCAGCCCGCUCCUCAGCUCCGUCCCCUCUCCGGUGUCCCGCCUCGGACACAUGGGCCUCUCAGCCGCCCUGGGCUCGUGCAACACCCAGGCUGAUGACACCUACAUGCAGCUGAAGAAGGACCUGGAGUAUCUGGACCUAAAGGUAGCCGGAAGUCAGACACUGAAGGACUCGGGGAAACCUGUCAAGGUUGCAGAAAGUGAUGUGGAUGUGAAGUUAAGUCGGCUGUGUGAGCAGGACAAGAUUCUGAAGGAUCUGGAGGCUAGGAUCAGCUCCCUGAAGGACGACAAGGACAAGCUGGAGAGUGUUCUGGACCUGUCCCACCAGCAGAUGGAGCAGUACCAGGAGCAGCCGGCACACGCCAGCAAGAUUGCCUACCAGCAGAGACUGCUGCAGGAGGAUCUGGUCACCAUCAGGGCCCAGAUAUCUCGCCUCUCCACGGAGAUGGCCCACGCCUGGGAGGAGUACAGCAGGCUGGAGAGAUCAGUGGAGCAGCUGAGGAUGGUGCUGCAGGCACAGAUGAAUCACAGCGCCACCCACCAGCAGGAGAAAGCUGACAUGAAGCGUGAGCUGUGGAGGAUUGAAGACGUGAUGGCUGGACUGAGUGCCAGCAAAGCCAACUACAAGAUCACCAUCGACUCUGUCCAGAACCCAGAGAGGAAACUAGUGCCUUCAGUGUCAGACUCCGGAGUGCCUUCUCCAAACAUGGAGGUCCAGCCUCCUCCUCGCAGCUCCAUUCCUACCAUCCUCUCCCACACUUUGCCUCACAGCACCGUGCCAAAGUGGGCUGAGGACACUGCCCCUCCCAGGCCUCCACUGCCUCGCCUCUACGACUACGAGGAGACGCCCCCUGUGGUGCCACCGCUCCCCAAAGAGGCCUCGGUCAUCCGCCACACGUCGGUGCGUGGGCUCAAACGGCAAUCAGAUGAGAGGAAAAGGGACAGGGAGAGCGGGCAAUGUGUUAUUAAUGGAGAUUGUAAGACUGACCUGCGUUCGUAUCUGAGUGAACCGGAGCUGCCAGUGAUGAGCCACCACAGCGCCGGGUCUGAUGCUGACUACCAGUAUUUCCAAAGUAAAGGUCUGUCAGGCUCCUCAUCUCGGCUGAAUCAGUCCAACUACAUCUCGUCCUACGUCACCAUGAGGAGAGGCCCUGGGAGCUCUGCAGCCAGGUCUCACCAGGAGAGACCAAAGAGUGCCUUUGAGCGUCUGUCCUCGCCCACCGAAGCCCCUCAGCUCCUGAACGUCCAGCCCCGAGGUCGAAUGACCGCGGAGGAGCAGCUAGAGCGGAUGAAGCGCCACCAGAAGUCUCUUGUCCGGGAGCGCAAGAGGAACCUCAGCCAGGGCGAGCGUUCCUGCACGGGCCUCUCCACCUCCACCGCCGCCUCCCAGCGCUCGUCGUCCUCCUCCAGGCUGCCGUCGAACACCUCCGAUCCUCCGGCCUCCGUGUUUGACUGGCAGGAGGAACGACCAGUUGCUGAAGGUCAGAGCGAUGAAGGCUGGAAUCAAGUGAAAGAGAGAGAGAAGAGGCAAUCAGAUGAGUGGGUGACAGUGACCGCACACAUACGGGAGGUGGACGUGGAGCCCCUGGAGUAUAACCUGGACAUCAGCCGAGAGCUGUCCAAACCUCAGAAAGUCCCCAUCCCAGAGCGCUACAUCGAGUCGGACUCUGAAGAACCUCCGAGUCCAGAGGAGUUGGAGGAACGUUCUCGCAGGGCCGAGCGCAUCAAGAACAUGCUGACCAAAUCCAGUGUUCAGAAUAUCCAGCCGUCUUCACCAUUGGACUUUGGUGAGCUGGACGCUGCUCUGCAGCAGAAGGAGAGGAUCAUGAACGUGUCCCAGGUUCUCGCUUGUGAGGCCUCACGAAAGGGCAAACUGGUUGCAGCUAAAGCUUCUGCAGAGCACUGACCCACAGGACGACUGACCAACACAGCAGAGGAGGAUUUUAGUCAUGAAGAAGGAUCUUUUCAUUUCCAGCCAACUGAUUCACCUGAAAUAAAUCACUAUUUUUUAAACAAAACAAAUUUUAUAUGAGGCUUUAUACAAAGUUUUAAAAUAGAUUCAUGUUUUCAUGCUUUUACACUUCACACUGCAUAAUUAAGGGUAAUUUAUAACACAACUGCAGUAGAGAUCUUUUUUCUUUUUGAUCUGUAUUUUUAUGAGUUUCUAAAAGCAAAAAUGAGACUAAAGCCAAAGUGUUCAGAUAACAGUAGGAAUGUUUGGACAUUAAUCUUUUAUUUAUUAUUAACACUGUUUGCCAUGUUUGUUCAGCUUUAACUCUGUCACCCAGUGAUCAUCAAUCAUCUCACAGUACACACUUCAAUAAGAAAAACACAUGAAAACAAUAUGAAAAAUAAACAUUUGAUAAAACA